AGGGGAUAUAGUAAAAGGGUUUUGUUUAUAUGAAACAAGGUUUCUUUGUUAAUUUUAACCAGAUUAUUUCAUGCUGAUAGCUCAAAUUAGUGGGAUAUCCUAAAUUAGGGGAGUAAACAUUAAUAUUAACAUAACCUCAUUAAACUUUUUUUGUUUUGAACACAAAAACAACAUGGAUGACGUGAUAAAUCUUUCUUCAGAUGACGAUGAUCAGGUUCCUCCACCAAAAAGAUGGAAAUAUUUAAAUGAUGACCAAGUUAUAGAACUUUCCGAUGGUGAGCUCGAUGAACCAUCGGAUUCGAAAUGUACGAUAAAAUUAAUUAAAGAUCUCAGUAAUUCUAAUGGAAUAUGUAAGGAAACAAAUGAUUAUAAUAUUAAACUCCAUGUGAAAAGUACAAAUAAUUCAAAAAUAACAAAAAAUGAGUCCAAUGAAAGUGAACAAUCUGAUGAUACCGUUGAACUUUGGCCUCCUACAUAUUUAAAUGAUUUGGGAAAUUUUGGAAAAUUUUUGAAUAUAUGUGAUCAAGCUACUUUAGGAUUAGAUAAUGGGAACAGUUUACGCUAUAGGUUUACAGACAUCAUUUUACUGUUUAAAAAAUUAAUGAAAGAAAAUGCUCUAGGUGAAAAUUUUAAUCCAAAAUUGAAAAUUUGGGAGACUCUAGCUGUAAAGAGUUAUCAAGAUGCCAUCAUUGCUUUUAAUGAGUGUAGCACAUAUCUCAAUAAUCAGGUCACUAAUAAAAUGACUUCAGAAAAUUGUGAAGUUAUUGAAAUCCCAGAUUGCGACAUUGAAGAAGAAACAGUUAAUUUAGCACAAGAUGUCAAUGAAGGGGAAAAUAUUAAAAGUGAGGAAAAAGAUUAUUCUGGAGAUGAUAAAGAUCUAGAAAAUAUGGUAGAAUCUGGCCCUAGUGCUGAAUUUCAGGAGUUUCUUAAGUUAAAGCGAAUAAGCCCUCUAAAGAUUCAGAGAGUCGCAGUGAUCUCAGAUGUUGAAGAAGAAUCAAAAGCAGUGACACAGAAUUCACAUACUGACAAAAAUAAAGUCUGUAACAUGAAAAAACAAAAUAAGUACAAUAUGGAUACUGGAGGACAAUCAGAAGAGAUAAAAUCAAUUAAAGAAAAUGAGAAUGAGGAUAAUAAAAAUAAUGAAGUAUAUACUGAGAAUGAGGAAAAUGAUAUUAUUUUAAUAUCAGAUAACAGUGAAAACAACAAUAAAAAAGGGGCUGAAGAUACCGAUUCUUUCUCAGAGGAAUCAAAUGUAAUUGAAAGGGAUUCUUCAAGCAAAGAUAUAUUACACGAGUCGAAAUUUAAAAUGUUUUUAGACAGAUGUUUGAAAUCAACUUUGGGCACAAAAUAUGACUUGUCUUUCAAAAUUCCGGAUAUAAUUAAAUUAUUUAAAAACCUACCUGAAGAACGAGUUCUAUCUGCGGAUUUUAAACUUAAUUUGGAAGAAUUUAUGGAAAUGGCUGAAAAAGGAAGUCGGGAGGCAACACUUGGUUUUCAUAAAUGCUAUACUUAUUUUAAGCAAAGUUCACCAGGUAGUUUCUAUUUUGAUUCAAAGGAUGACGUUAAUAAAUUAAAAAUGCUUGAAAUCUGUAUCAAAAAACUACAAAAAAAAAUCAAGAAGAUUGAAGAAGAGGAAGUCGAUUUUUCAGAUGAUGAGAAUUCUUCUUACAUAAAACUUGAUAGUUAUAAGGCAAGACUUAACAAGGUUUUUGUGAAAUGGUGUUCUUUAUUAAAAAAGAAUCCAUAUUCUGGGCGUCAAAUGUAUGAAAAGAUUAAUUUUCAGCAUUCAAAUUAUCCCGAGAUUAAUAGGACCAUAAACACAAAAUAUAAAAAUAGUGUAAAAUUUCCAUCAUAUUAUGAAAUAGAAAGUUGUAUACGAGAGUGUGUCACGAAAUAUGAGUUACCUCUAAGUGAUGCUGGCAUUAAGACUGAAAGCGAACACGUUUUUUUGAAGUUAGGAGAUAUUUUGCAAUCUAAAAGGCGGAAAGAUAUGUACGAAACGCAUAGUGCAUAUAUCGAGAAUACGGAUGAUCCGGCGAAAAAAGAUCCUGAAUUAUUUAAAGUACUGAAAGAAAACAGUGUAAUAGCGAAAAGAAAUACGGAAGAAGUUUGGCGAAAAGUUCCACUUAAGCAAGAAAUGUUACAGGAUAAACCUGAAGCUGAAGCUGAAGCCAUCUCAGCAGAUUCUUCUUCAGACAGUGAUAAUUCACAUUAUGUAGAUAGUGAAGAUGAUACUUAAACUUGAAUUUACAAUAUAUUUUAUUUAAUUUAUUUUGUAAUAUAUAAUAAAUGUUUUUUUUU